AUGGUCUCUUUGGAUAUACCUCCUGCUUUUGGUCGCUGGCAUUUGGAUUUUGUCGGUGAAUUGCCUUUAACUCCACAAGGUAACAAAUGGCUCUUAACUGCGGUUGACUACACUACCAACUGGCCUAUUGCUCGUGCCGUACCGGAAGCUACAGCGGAAGCCGUUGCUGAUUUCAUUUAUGAGGAAAUCGUAAUGCGUUUUGGUUGCCCCCAAGAAAUUUUAACAGAUCGUGGUGCCAAUUUCAUGUCCAAUGUGGUGAAGCUCUAUAUGAACCGGGUUAAGACUAAUCACAAGUUUACCUCUGCUUUUCAUCCUCGAACCAACGGUAAAUGCGAACGUCUCAAUGGUAUUCUCAAGGCUAUGCUCAAAAAAUACGUAAAUGGCGCUAUUCACAUAUGGGAUAAAUUUGUUGACACUGCUCUUUUCGCUGCCCGGGUUCGUCAUCACCGUUCUACUGGUUACUCUCCUUUUUACUUGGUCUAUGGUCGUGAGCCGCUACUGCCUGGCGAUUAUAUUCGUCCUUACUUUGAUAAGUCAACGUCAAAUGAUCCUAGAACUAUCGCGGAACAUACUGCUCGUGAAUUGGAAGAUCUUGGUCAAGUUCGUGCUGCCGCUGCUCAUCGUAUGAAGACGGUUUCAGAAUCGGACAAAAAACGUUGGGAUGCUGCAGUUGAGAAACUUGAAUUUGAAAUCGGUGAUCAUGUCCUGCUUAGAAACGAACAGAAGUAUGGUCUCGAGUACAACUGGAUUGGUCCUUUUAUCGUCAUUGGUAAAAACUCGGAAACGCAUGUUUACAGAUUGGAAACUGUUGGUGGCGAACCUUACUCUUCUUGGGUGCAUGUUGAUCGCUUAAAAGGUGUUAAGGCUGAAUCCAUUGAUACUCCUUGGUACAAUCCCACUGUGUCUCGUGCUGCUUGGCGUGAAGAAAUGGGCCUCAACUCUAGUAAUCAGGCUGUAUCUUGUACUUCUAGUUUCUCUGGUACUUCUGGCUCUGUCGAUCAAGUUGAUCAGAGUCGAUCAACAAUCUCGGGGGGGGAAUGA